AUGGCUUCCGCACCUUCCACUCAUUCCAAUCGAUCUCAAUCUGUCAAAAAGUCCAUGCGCCAAAAACGAGGUCGUCGCAAAUCAAGUUUAAUGAAAAAAGCGUCCGAAUAUAGCAAGAUGUGCGAUGCAGACCUCUGUGUGGGCAUACGCCUUCGGGAAACCGGCCAAGUAUUUAUCCUAUCAGCGGAUACUUCAUUUUGGGCAUUCCUUGGCUCGCAGUUGGUAUUUCUCCAACUAUGCCUCUGA